AUGGAACAAAAAGGGCAAACUAUUUCAACGGAAGAACAACGUAAUUUUGAAGGAACUCUUUCUAAGAAGAAGAAUUAUGAGAUAGUUACGGUUGCAAGCGGUGGUAAUGCGAAUGGAAACAUAGACUUUGUGGAUUCGACAGAUGCAAGAAACUUGGAAUUGAGCGCAAUGGGUGGAGUAUUUUCAAAACUUUUUUAUGAUCGUCCUCAAGAUGAGUUGAAUAGCUACAAAAAACGUAUUGACGCAAACACGGAACUACAACGGGAACACGCUGAUAUCAUGGCUGCUUUGCAACGAAAAGUUGAAGAAUAUCGACGACGUUUUGCGGAUAUUGAAGGAAGUUUGGCUGUUCACAAAUUCGAAGGAUCAGGAGAUUUAGGAAAUAUUAAGCUACAGGACGAGCUGCUGCUUAGUUCAAAAUUGAAAUUGGAAGAUUUGAGUGAUAUUGAGUUUGUCCAUCAACUGUCCGAUGAACGUCGACGGGCAGAUGAUCUCGUAAUUCAACUCGAGCAGGAACGUCUUCAAAAUGAACAACUCCAAAAUGAGAUUCAUCGGUUACGUCAGCAGUUCGAAAUAAGUUUUCGUGACAAGGAAAGAGUCUAUCAAAAUCGGGAAAGAAACAUCACGCAAUAUUUGGGUGAAGAACAGCACAAGAUUAUGGAACUUCGAAGUGAGCUUCAACGUGUGCGCAAACAAUGCGCUGAAUAUAGAGAACAAACUGAACGAGACCUGGAAAAUCAACGCAAUGAAUUUAUCAAAGUAAUAAGACAUGUAAGCAGUUUGGUCAAAGGGAUAAAUGUUGAGAAUGAAGGUGGUACGCAUACUCAUUCGUUGCUAUCCGACUUUUCAAGUGAAAGUGGGAUUGAAAUGACACAAGAUACCGUAUUGAUUGAAGCAGUCAAACGUUUUCACGAAACACAGGCACCAUUGGGUUUGGGAAUUGGACCAGAAUUGAUCACAGAACUUCGUCUUGCUCGAUCAGAAGAUGCUGGUUUACACACUGAACUCAUGAGAAAAUACGAAGAAAGUGCGCGACGAAUUAUUGAGUUAGAAGGUCGUGACGAUGAAAAUCACAACAAAAUGCUUACACUAGAGAAUGACCUGAAGCGUACACGUGAUCGACUUGUCGAGAGUCAAAAUGCUCUUCGUAAACUUUACGAUAUGGCUCGUGAGCAUGAUUCAGAAACUCAGAAACAAACAAGAUCAUCAUCUCCAGGCAAGGGUUUUAUUCCUCCACCAGAAGUUUUGCGUAGUGUGCGUUGUGCCUUUAAUACCCGUGGCAAUGAAAACAAUGUUUUACAGCGUAAAUUAAAGAAUGCUGAACUUCAGAUAUCUGAGUUGACUUCCAAAUACGAAUCUACUGAUGAUAUUCGUCGUCGUCUCGAGAAGCAAAUUUCAGAAGCAAAUCGAGAAAUUUCCAGUCGUCAGAAAGAGUUAGAAGAUGCCAAUCGUGCAGUAAAGCAACUAGAAGAUCGUCUAAAAGUUGCCGAGCAAGACAAGAUUAUUGCUGAUGGUGUAAGAUGUCAUCUUGAAGAAGAGAUUCGGAAUAUGCGGGAACAUUUCAAUCGUACUUUGUCGGAUGUGACGCAAAAUGCUGAAGAAGAUGCUUUAAGGCGUAUCCGCGCUAUCGAGGAUGGAAACAGUACUCGUGUAAGUGAACUUACUUCUCGCAUUGAAGACCUUCUAGAAGAUAAUAAACAUCUGAAAAGCGAAACUGAUGAGACCAAAGAUCGCAUUCGAGACGUGGAGAAUGAUUAUAAUGGCGUCGUAAAGAAAUUGGAAGAGAAGGGUAAUUUUACAACAUUACCUUCAGAAAAUGCUCUGAGAAAUCUGGAAAAUACGCGUCAAGAAUUAGCGGAAGAAUUAGAAGAACAGCGUGCGCGAUUCGACGCUAUAACGAGUGAAUUCGAUCAUUUAAAGACAAAUUAUGAUAGCGCAAGCAAAACUACAAUUGCAAUUGAGCUAACAGUGAAGGAAAUCAAACAACAGCGUGAUGAAAUUUUGAAGGAAAAGAAGAUGUUGAUGCAAACUUUGACUGAUAUGGAGAAUAAAUUGAACGAUGAAAGUAAGGCACGUGAAGAUGCUGAAAAACUUAAUAUACAUCAUUUGGAUGAAAUACAUGAUCUUAAGAAACAAGUUGAGGAAUACGUCGCGCAGAUCACAACAUUCCGUCAUGAAAGUAGCGAUUUGGAUACUCAAUUAAAAACAAAUCAGGCAAAACUAAGCAGUAUGGAAACAACUUUACUUGCUGCUCAAAAAGAAGUCGGAAAACUGUCCGAGCUGAAUAAUCGUUUGCAGCAAGAUAAAAAUGAGCUGAAUGCGUGA